UUUGGCUUGUUUCCUUGCAUAGACUCUUCGUUCCUGGUACUCGCUGCGAAAGCAACAAGCAAAGUUAAGCAACGCGAGUCCAACUAAUGGCCAAUAACCCCACGGAACCUCCGGCCGAUGAUUUCCUUCAGGAAAUCCUUGGCCUCCCUAACUUUGCCUCCGGUGAGGCUGGCUUAGUGGGAGCUGAUGCAGGCUUGGCUGUGGCUGCUGCUGCUGCUCAAGCUCCGAUGAUGCUGCAGCUCAGCUCAGGUGACGGUUCUGGCCAUAUCACUACCCUUGGUGGUGCUGCCGGAGGAGGAGGUGCUGGCUUUCGUGGGUUCCCGUUGGGGCUGAGCUUGGACCAGGGAAAGGGAGGGUUUUUGAAGCCUGAGGAGGCAUCAGGAAGCGGGAAGAGAUUCCGAGACGAGGUUGUCGACGGCAGAGCUACUACAGUGAAAAAUGUUUUUCAUAGUCAGCCGACGCCCACAACUUUGGCUGCAGCACCACAUCCACCCACAAUGCGCCCCAGGGUGCGGGCUAGAAGAGGACAGGCCACAGAUCCACACAGCAUUGCUGAGCGGUUGCGCAGAGAAAGAAUAGCUGAAAGAAUCAGAGCUUUGCAGGAGCUGGUGCCUAGUGUCAAUAAGACAGAUAGGGCUGCCAUGCUUGAUGAAAUUGUGGAUUAUGUGAAGUUCCUAAGGCUCCAAGUAAAGGUUUUAAGCAUGAGUAGAUUGGGCGGAGCUGGGGCAGUCGCACCACUUGUAACGGAUAUCCCACUAUCUUCGGUUGAGGAUGACACUGGCGAAGGUGGAAGAAACCAGCCAGCCUGGGAGAAGUGGUCAAAUGAUGGUACAGAACGACAGGUAGCUAAGCUUAUGGAAGAAAAUGUUGGUGCUGCCAUGCAAUUUCUUCAGUCAAAGGCUCUCUGUAUCAUGCCGGUCUCACUGGCAACGGCAAUUUACCAUACGCAACCACCGGAUACUGCUGCUAUUGUAAAACCAGAAUCAAAUCCCCAGUCAUAGAUCUUACGAAGGGGCAGGCCCUUGGUGUCCUGGAAAAUUCAAGUGAAAGAGCAGAAUUGUCAAAGCUCACUUGAUGCGCUUUUCUUUUUAGUAUCAGUGGCGGGGAUAGUGGGAAAUGACGAGUGCACUUUUCUAGUGGGGCAGCCAUUUUUUGGUAGUGGGUGUGGGACCUUGUAAAAAGGGUAAGAGGGUAUAUAUAUAAAAAUAUAAAUAUUAUUGUAAUAGUUUAUUUCAUAGGAAAUGUAAUGCAAAAGUAGAAUGGAUAAUGGUUGGUUGCUUCAAUGCAAUGGCUGUUGUAGUCCAACAGAAAAUGAUAGUGCUACUUUGUCUAGGGGUGCCGCUUUUGUUUCGAAAAGCAAUUUGACUUGUUUUUCUUCUAAA